AUGUCUUUCGGAAAGCUCUACGGCUUCAAGGACAAUGCGCGCUCAACUGCUCUUCUAGUCGUCGCAAAGGAGAACAACCUUGACAUCGAGCUUGUCGAGACUCGUCCUCCCAAUGUCAGCGCCGAAUACCUCAAGCUAAAUCCCUUGAACCGAGUUCCCACCUUCGUUGGCUCUAAUGGAUUCAUCUUGACUGAGGCCAUUGCCAUUGCUAUUUACUUUACCUCUCAGAACGAAAAGACCACUCUCCUUGGCAAGACAAAGCAAGACUACGCUUCUAUCGUCAAAUGGCUCUCCUUCUCCAACUCCGAGGUCCUACCAAAUUUGUCUGGUUGGUUCCGUCCGCUCAUUGGAAAGGAUCCCUACAACAAGAAAUCGGUCGACGAUGCAAAGAAGGCUACUCUUGAUGUCAUCAAGGUGUUGGAGAACCACUUCCUCGUUCACACCUUCCUGGUCGGUGAGCGUAUCACACUUGCAGAUCUCUUCCUUGCCUCUCAAGCCUCUCGUGGCUUUCAAUACGUCUUUGACAAGGACUGGCGCGCCGAGUACCCCAACACCACCCGGUGGUUCGAGACCAUUGUCAACCAGCCAAUCUGGAAGGCAAUCAUUGAGGAGCCAAUCUUGAUUGACGAGGCUGUCAAGUACACUCCCCCAAAGAAGGAAGCCAAGCCUGCUAAGGCUGCCACUCCUGCGGCCCCCAAAGCUAAGCCUGCAAAGGAGGAGGAAGAAGAAGAUGAGCCCAAGCCCGAAGUCAAGGCCAAGCAUCCUCUCGAAUCUCUCGCCAAGCCAUCUCUUAUUCUGGAUGACUGGAAGCGAAAGUACUCCAACGAAGACACACGAUCCGUUGCGUUGCCUUGGUUCUGGGAGCAAUACAAACCGGAGGAUUACUCGCUGUGGAAGGUUGACUACAAGUACAACGACGAGUUGACACAAGUCUUCAUGACUUCCAACCUCAUUGGUGGUUUCUUCAAUCGUCUGGAGGCUUCGCGCAAGUACCUCUUUGGUGCCGCCUCGGUCUAUGGAGUCGCAAAUGAUUCGGCCAUUCAAGGUGCCUUCUUGGUCCGCGGUGAUGAAGCACUCCCAGCUUUCGAUGUUGCCCCAGACUGGGAAUCCUAUGAAUUCACCAAACUUGACCCCAGCAAACCUGAGGAUAGGGCUUUCGUUGACGAUCAAUGGUCGUGGGAUAAGCCAAUCACUGUCAAUGGCAAGUCAUACGAAUGGGCUGAUGGAAAAGUCUUCAAGUAG